AUGAGCUGUGUUGUACACCUCUUUGUACAUAUGUGUACCCCUUGUCUUGUAUUUAUUGCUGACCUCCUUGUGGUCAUAACUAUUCUUUUCCACGCUCUCUUCUUAUUGGGCACUCUACGCGUCCACACGCUGGCCUCCCAAAUGUUCAACGGUUAUUCUCUGAAGAGGUACCCAAUCAUGCGCAGUUGGGCUGCAUUUAGGAGCGUUCGAUCCCUCCAGCGUCGUUUCAUGGCAACACAGGCACCAACGGAAGGGGAGGUACGCAGCGCUUACGCAACACUCGGCGUCGCCACUUCGUCUACAUUUGAAGACAUCAGGCGUCGAUACGUUGAGCUCGCCAAGAAGCACCACCCCGACGUCAGUGGAGAGGAGGGGACCGGUGCCUCUUCCCGUAUGGUGAACAUUAACAACGCGUACGCCACACUCCGGCGUCUCCACCAAUUAGGUGGGUGCGGUAUGCACCAAAAAAAUAAUUGCGCCUCCGGCGGAGUCAGGGCGAGUAGUGAGCACUCAUACUAUGCUCCACAUGACGAGCCGUAUCAACCGUGGCAUGAGGAAAUUAAUCCAACAUUUUACGAAAUGAUGUGGGAAGAAAUGCACCGACAAGCCGAGAACGAGGCGUUUGAACAGGCCUCUCCUUCGCGCGACAGUAGCUGGAGGCACCACCACCACCACCAGCAGCGGACCACUGAAGCGGGCAGGGGGCAGAAGAAGGCGAAGCACGGCGAAAAACAGCAGCACGCAAAAGGUGGCCAGACUCGAAAGAAGACAACUACAUGGCCCGAUGCUGACGUGCAGGCAAUGGUGAACAUGUACCAAGACGGCAAAAGUUUUGAUUUCAUUGCCAACGCGCUAGGAAAGCAAACAACUGAUGUUGUAGCGGAGUUUAAUCGGUGGAGUGAAGACAACAAAUCGCUACCCCGUGCGAGACAACGGUUUUAUGGUUUCAACUAUUACGCAGAGUCUCCUGAGGUUGAUUUUAUGGGCAUAGAUGACGAUGAUGAUUUUACGGACAAUGAUCCUUAUGGCUAUGGCGGUCCCGGCGACGAGUUCAGUGGUGGCUUCGUGAGCCCGGACAACAUUGUCUUCGAUGGCGGUGCCAUACCAUUCCGGGGGGGACAUUACAUGAACACUAACCGCCAGCGGCGGGGAAAUAAUAACCAUAACGAUAAGAAGGGUAGGAGCAGCAGGGAAAGGGGAAAUGCAGGCGGAAGGCACGAGUCCAGACGGCGGCAGCGCUAA